GAAGCUGAGUUAUCUCUAAAUAUGGCUCUUCGCAUGAAAGGUUUUGGAGAAGCAGAGAAAGCUUUGAAAUUUUUCCAACAUGCUGUGGCUCUGAAUCCUCUGCAUCCAGACAUCCUUACCCAUUAUGGAGAGUUUAUCGAGCAUCAAAAUCAAGAUGUUAUUAAAGCUGAUCACUUGUAUCAAAGAGCUCUGAUUGUUUGUCCAGAACAUUCUAAAGCUCUUGUGAACAGGGUUCGAACUCUUCCAGUGGUUGAAGAGUUAGACCAAGAACAGCUGAACAGGAUUGACAGAAAACGAGAUCACCUCUUUCAAGUUCCAGAUAAUGAUUCAUCCUUGAAAAGAAUGAAGAAGGAAGCUUACUUUCAGCAUAUUCACCAUACAGUUGCCUUAGAAGGAAACACGAUGACUCUAGCUGAAACCCGCAGCAUAAUUGAGACUGGAAUGGCCGUUCCGGGAAAAAGUAUCAUGGAACACAAUGAAAUCAUUGGCUUAGAAUCAGCCUUGAAGUAUAUUAAUAACUCUUUAGUGACUAAACUUGGUCCUGUUACAGUUGGUGAUAUCUUAGAGAUCCACAAGAGAGUUUUAGGUCAUGUGGAUCCUGUUGAAGCGGGAACUGUGAGAAGAUCUCGGGUAUAUGUUAGUAAACAUGUUCCACCUCCACCAGCCGAAGUACUUGAUCUCAUGGAAGAUAUGAUUGAUUGGCUUAAUUCUGAUAAAGCUCUGAAACUUCACCCAGUGAAAUAUGCAGCUUUAGCUCAUUAUAAGUUUGUUUUUAUUCAUCCUUUUGUGGAUGGAAAUGGCAGGACAGGUCGAUUACUUAUGAACUUAAUUCUUAUGAGAGCGGGUUAUCCUCCAGUGAUUGUGAGAAAACAGGACCGCUCUCUUUAUUACCAGUAUAUACAGUUUGCUAAUGAAGGGGAUGCUAGACCAUUUAUCAGGUUUAUUGGAGAUUGCACUGAAAGAACACUAGAUGUGUACCUAUUUGCAACUAAAUAUGGCACGGCUAGCUUUCGAGCUUUGGAGGGACGUGAUGGACAAAUAAAAUCUAACAUAAUUGAAAGUUAAAAAUAAUUUAUAUACAUAAAAUAUUAUGUAAAAUAUGUAUUGAAUUGAAAAUGAUUAGUGACAUGGAACAUUACAGUGUUAUUUAUUUGAUUGUUACUGUACAAUAUAAAAGCAUAACCUGUUUCUGAAUUACGUGUACUUGUAAGUCUUACUGAUGAAUAUUUAACAGAAUUUAAAAUCAUGUUAUCUGAGACGAGAUAUUUUUCCCCUUUUGUAGGAUAAGAGAAUAUAAUCAAUUGAUUUAAUUACUUGUUCAUUUUUGGUGUCUGCUCUUCUUAUAUUUGUUGAACCAAUAAUCAUCAGUAACCUUUUAUCUACUUUAGAUUUUCAUGAAAACUUAAAAGGAAUUUACCUGUUUGGUAAAAGAAAGGGGAAUAAACACAAGAUGCACUGAUAUUAGUUGAAAUUGCAAGAUGUUGCUUUUAUAGAUUUCAAAUUAAAUAUUUUUUUUAAUUAUAAGUAAAUUUGAAAUUAAGCCAUAAAUUAUGCUCAGCAAUGUGUGUAUGUGUUAUGAUAAAAGUCUAAUUAUUUUAGGUCACAUACUUUUUUUAUCUUCGUUAUAGACUAUUUUAAAUUGCAUUUCCCAUCUUUGUGUUCAUCAAUGGUUCAAUUUUAAUUUGUAAUAAAACAUAAAAAGCUGUUAUUAAAAGAACAUGUUUACUUUUAACUAAUAUAUAUUUACAUUAUUCUGCAAAAAUUGGUUUAACUUCCUUUGACCCGACUGCAGGUAGUUUUCUCAAUAACAUUUAGAAGUGAAGGAACUUCUUUAAAAGGUUUCUCUUACCAUUUUAAUUAAAAGAUUUUCCUACAGAAAUUUGACGAGUCUGUUAUUUAUUUAAGAUUGCUGGUGAGUCUUAAUUUAUCAAUUUUUUAAAUAUGCAACACAUUCUUUUUUUAUUUAAAAUUACUUGAAAGGUGCUACAUUUCAUAACUUUGAAGUUUUGCUGAGUACAAUCGUCUCAUUUUUCGUAAAGCCCCUUGGAUACCAGAUGAUAUUUUGAAAGUAGAUAUUGAACUGGAAUUCUUUAUGGUAUCAGUGUAAUAAAUUUCGAUUACCAUUUACUAUGAAACAUUUGAGAAAUGUCCGGUGUUGGAAGCUUAAUGUUCUAUUUAUGAGAGACAUGUUGGUUAGGCUAAACAUUUAGUGAAAUUCUGACUAAAUGCGUAUUGUUCAAUUGAGAAGAAUUGCAUAAAAGUCCUGAGCAAGUGGAAAAGUGUUAUUUUUAAUACAAAAUUACUCAAAUGGCAAAAUAAUCCUUCUACUUUUAAUAAGAGUUAGGUUUGUUUUGUAAUGUUCUAGUGAUAAUUAGCUGUUUAAUAAUAUUUUUUUGUGUAUGGAGAGAUGUUAUUUUGGUUUCUAAAUGACCAAAGAUAAAAUAAUAUUUAUCAGCAAAUUUAACUGUGAUGUUAAAGAAAGUAUAUGUAUACAAUACGCCAGUCACUGCUUUAAAUGUGAGUGCCUAAUGGCACAGAACGUUUUGUGUGUAUGUAUUAAUCAUUCGUAUUCAAUGUAUAUAGAAAAACCUAAACAACAAGAAUGUGUAAACACGAAAAAAAUUAGACUAUAGUAAAAUUUUAUUGUAUUUACAGACUCGGGUGGAAGAGGAAACAACAAACUAUUUUAAUAUCGCUCAUUCAGUAUGCUUGGAUAUUUCAGUAAAAUACAUGUUCAAAAACUUGUUCAAUCUUGUCAACCACUAGUGUGGUGCUCCAGGUCUUUCUGAUUGGUGUGUUAAGGUCAUUAAAAGGUCUUGAAAUGUAACAAAUAAUAUCUUGUUCAAUAAUCACAGGAUGACGGUUUUGGAAAUCGUAAAGGAAAUGUAUUAGUACCUUUUAUUUUAAGUCCUAAGAAAGUAGAGUACCUCAGAUAUGAAUGUCGCUAAGGGAUAUAAACAUUAUUUUUGUACAGUUUGAAAACUUGUAACUUUACAUUUUGGUUCUAAAAACAAACCUAAUGAUACGUUUAAAGAAAAAUAGCUAAAUCUUGAGGUUUUAUCGAACAAUAUAAAAUCCACUGAAUCAUGAAUAUGGAAUCUGUAAUACACUUAUUUACAGGUGAAUUAUAAUAACAUGAAUUAGUGAUUAGGAAAGCAAUCUCUAACUGAUUUAGUUGUGAAGAUUACAGAUAUACCAUAAAAUCCAAGUAAAAGAUAAACAGUACAGUGUUUUGGCUGAUUUGGAGACGGAAAUAAAUCAUAAUAAUCGGAGAUAGAGAUAUGGAAUCUGUAAUUCAUAUGUAUUUAUAAACUGUAAAGAAACAAUUCUGUGUAAGAAACUAGGAAUACAGUGUUAUGAUUGGUAUACAAUACUGAUAGAUGUUUAGAUCUGAUAUUCUGACAGAUCCCCAGUCAUUCUUGUGUUUGACAAAUUUAUAAAUAACGUCACUCCUAAUUAUAGUAUUUUGGCACUUGUGUAUAAAGUUAAAAUCAUAAAUAAUAUUCAACGUUUUGAAGGCC